AAUGGUGGCGAUGGUGGUGGUGGUGGUAGACCUUUGUUGAUUAUCUCUUUAUUGUCAUGACUUUGUACACUUUGUAAUGUUUAUAAAAAUUAUUCCAUCAAGUGAAUGUUAAAAAAACUACAUAUUUUUUUUAUUAAAUUUAUUAUUUAUAAUUUAAUUUAGUCAACUUAUUCACUGUCCUCAUGUUGUGUCCAGAAGUAUGGAAUUUCAAAGCACCAAAACAUCAAUUAAAUAUUAUCAAUACUUGCAUAAAAAAAGCUGAAAUAAAUACAACAAUUAAAAAUCAUUACAACAAUCAUUCAGUGUCUGUAGUGAUUCCAAAUUCAAAAAACAUACCAGAAGUUUUAAUUGACAGUAUCCUUGAGGACUCGGAUUAUUACAAAGUUGAGGGUGUAACUGCUUCACAACUUGUUAACAAAGAAUUCAUAGAAGCAUUUGUAAAAAAAGGUGAAUUAAGUUUACUGUCAGUAAAUGUUAAAAUUGAUCUUGAUAAUGUUAUAACAAUAACACCAAAUGGAAUAUUAAUAUUAUCAUUAAAUAUUGAGGAUUUUCAAUCACUGGGAAUUGAAGGAAAAUUAUCAUAUUUUGAUAGAAAUAAACAAACACGUUACGUCGUCGAAAUAAAUUUGAACGAGGAAACAUUUACACCAGGAAAAAAAAAUUAUGAACGAGUACGUAGCUGCCUUGAAAAUAAUUUAAAGCAAAAAUUUGAUGUUGUGUUGUCAUGGGAUCCACCAGAUGACAAACUAUGUCCAUCAUCAGUGGCUUCUUGGUUUUACAAUCAAGGCAAUAAAGUAUCACUUUGUCAUCAAAAAACAUCAAAACUUGUACAUUAUUCUCUUGAUGUACCAACACUAGAAGAUGGCUACAAAGCCGAGGAUAUUUUUGAAUGGAUUGGGAUACUCAGUAUUGAUGGUGACAUGAAAAAUAAAGAUACUGAAAAUUAUGUGAAUUCUUACGUUUGUCCAAAGCCAAAUACACCAGUUGAUCAAGUAUUUCAUUUUGAAUGUACAGGAUAUUUUUCAAGAUCAAAAAUAAAUAAAAUUUAUGAAUUAAUUAAAACAUUAAUUUCAAAUGAUAAUGAAUUACAAACACCCUGGAUGAGUCUUCAUAUUCAUGGCUUUGCAGAUAGUCCAAUUAGUUGGUCUACAAAAGAACAUAAUUAUUACACCGAUGGUGAUAAUAGUUUAACAAUUAUUUUUCAUUCAAAUGAAAAUGCCAUUGUACAAAAAAGUCUGAGUUCCAAUUCAAAACCAAGAAUUUUUCAGUAAAAAAAAAAUUAUAUUAAUUAAUAAAGGUUUUUUCAAUCAAUAACUAUUUUUUUUCUUUUA